GUGCUCGCAACCUACAGCCUUAACGCUGCCGUUCGCCCAGCAUACCAUGCAGUAGGGCCCGUCACUCGCAUACGAGGCUGCCCCAGCAGCAAUGCGCGCCGUCGCGAGGGCUAUCGUGUCGCGAACGAAAAGCAAUGUCGAACCUAUUUACAAGAAACAGCCAAAACUCGUGGUCGGCGCGCUCGCUCUCGUCGCAGGAGUCAUAUGGCUGGCGGGGCAGAGUGCCGGCGGCGCCGGGGCCGGUGGAGCUGCUGGCGAUAUCGGAAUCUGCUGGCUGAGGACUGGGAUCAACGCCAGCAACGCUGCGCACGAGCUGUCCGCCGUCGCCGUCGCGGCGGCCACGCUGCGGCGCUACGACGCGUCGAUGGCGCGCUGCCUCUACGUCGACAUCGACGCGGACACAGCGCGAAAUGCGCUGGACGCGCUCGCGAAACGGCUGGGCGAGAAGCCGAAUCUCGUACCGCGCGUACUGCCCGCGCCGAGGCUCUCGGCCAAGCGCCUCGCCGCCGCAAUUGCUGCCUUCGACGAGGACGCGGGCCGUCGACUCGCCUCUCGCGCGAGCCGGAUCCUCGCAAUGGCGGCGCCGCCGUUCGGCUCUACGCUAUUUCUGGAUGACGACGCGCUUCCCUGCGCCAGACACGCGAGCGAAACGCUCAGGCAGAUGAGCAAGGCCGCGGCCCAAGCCGAUGUCGACGUGGCCCUCGCUUCGGGCGCCCACGCGCGAGGCGCGUUCGGCGCUGGCGGAGCCGGUGCGGCCGCGUCCUCCGCUGCAGCUGCCGCGGCGGCGCGCUGCGCCUCUGUGUGCGGGGCUAAUGACUUCGGAGAUGAUGGGGACGACGGUGGUUUCGACCGCGACGCCCCCGGCGCCUGCGACGCGUGCCAGCUCGCCGCUCGAGCCGCCGCCCGCGACAGAUGCGCGGGCCUAUCUGCGGCGCCGCGAACGGGCGCAAUAUUCGCGAGGCGUACGGAAGGGACCGCGGCAUUCGCAAAGGACUGGUUAGGGGCGCUCUUGGACGGCAGCGCGCCGAAACCCCGACGGCCGCAGGACGUCGGCCGCUCGGCGCCGGCCUUAAUAGCGCUGCUCGCGAGGGCGUGUGGUCCGAACGCCACUCGAACAAAGAAGCCGCCCGCGUGGCAGCUCGGCCGCUUGCCGGCGGCCUGGGACGUGUCCGCUGCACAGGAAUCGGCUGCCGCUGUACGUGGUGGAUUCGUUGUUUUGCACGCCGCUCAUAUCACGACGUUGGUUGAACCACCAGAGAGAGCUCUCCGCGUUGCGAGAUCUGCGUGCCGCACGGCACUCAAUGGGACGACCGCCUGGCGACUCGUUGCGGCGCCCAAUGGCGCCGCCGCGCGCGAUCUGGCAAAAUUAAGGUGUACGGAGGACGCCGACGGCCUCGUCAUCACUGGUGUACCGGGAGGUGGCGCCGACGGCGGCCGCCACGCCGUCGACGUUGCGCGCACCGCCGCCGGCCGCGCGUUCGAGCUCCUCUGGGCGCGGACGCGGUCCCCGGACUGCCCGCCGCCGGAGGAUACGUCGUUUCCUGGGCUCGUGAAGCAUCCGGCGCCGAGCUAGGUAUACCUUGCCCUCCGGGUGUGGUUAUGUGUUGGAGUUUCUCGUAAAGUAAAUUACACGUUGGGGACGGGGGACUUGACGGGGGGACGCUAUUGU